AAGACAUCGUUCCCAACCAGAUGCGACGACUGGUCAAGCUGCAGACCCCCGUGGGCCAGGAAGUUUCAUUCGCAACACCCGGCGAGGUCGUGCCAGAUCAGCACCCCGCUCCGGAGGACCCGAACCUCACGGAGGAGCCGCCCACGGACGAGGAGCGCCCGUUCGUGCGGAGCGGAUGGUUCCGGGGACCCCGCGGCCCCGUGGCCUUCGUCUACCGGUGCCCCGACUGCGGCGCCUCCUCACGCUGGUUCCGCGCCUCGCACCCCGAGGUGACGCUGAGGCCUGCGCGCUGGGGCCGCCUGUGCGGCGAGCAGGAGGACCUCAAGAAGUGGCUGGCCAGCUACUUGGGGGUCCGGCUGCGCGUCUGCCUGCCGCUGGACUGGGACCACGUGUGGACGGAGGUCUGGGACGGCUCCGCGUGGGUGCCCCUGGACCCCGACUGCGUGAACUUCGCGAGGCGCCUCAACGAGGGCAUCGGCUCCUGGACCGGCGUGGUGGCCGUCGGGACGCCCGCCAGCGGCCCGGGGCCUGCGGCCGCCCAGGAGGCGUCGCAGGACGUGGGCGAGGCCUACCUCCUGCGCGCGGGGGGCUCCGACGAGGAGGUCGCUGCGUGGCGCGGGCAGGUGGCCGCCGCCAGGGCGGACCCGUCCGGCGCCGCCACGCAGGCCAAGACGCUGUGCGGGUGGCUGCUGCAAGCCGUGGGCUGGGGCCCCGACAGGGUCACCGCGGAGCUGCGGGCGGCGCAGGCGGGCUACGAUGGUGGCCAGGAGUGGUGGGAGCUGCCCGACGAGGGCCGCUGAGCGUCGCCCGAAAAGAGAGGCAGGCGAGGGAGGCAAGGGAACGGGCCGCAUGGGUGAUCGCUCAUACGCAAGCAGCUCCGCUGCCGGCCGCAGCAUUCUUGCGAAGACGGCUGUCAUGGACGAGUCGUGCGUCGUUGACUUUCUUGCUGAAAUCUAAACUAAGCGCCUUGUUCUAUGCAGCUGGCCGCAAUGUUCCAGCGCAGGUUGCCGCAGCCAUUGCCGACGCAGUGGCAGGCUGGUGGAUCGAGGAGACCAGCGCGUGGCUGCAUGGAAAGAUUUGGUUGCGGAA